ACACACACACACACACACACACACACACACAACAGACAGCGUGGAGAUAUUCACUGAAUUUGACAAAAAGAAGUGUACUGGAUUACUAUCACAUACCCGACCUUUAAAUAUCUACAGUCUAUCUCUCUACAGACUGUUCAGUUCUAAGUUGUCAUCUUGUUUAUCUAAGUCCCCUCAGUCUAGAUGCUCAGAGCACUGCAACCCUGGCUGGGUAAAGAAGAUCUUGAACGUGUCCUGCUGUUACAACUGCACCCAAUGUGUGGAGGGGACCUAUUCAGAUGCCCAGGAUCUUCAUAACUGCAAAGAGUGUCCCAAUGGAACCUGGUCUCUCAAGGGUUGGAAUCAUUGCGAGCCAAGAUUGGAGUCCUACCUGCGAUGGAAUGAUCCUCAUCCCAUCACCAUGAUGGCAGCUGCAGCCUUUGGCAUUCUGCUCUUGUUGGUUACCUUCAUUAUCUUUUUGGUGUACAGAGAUUCCCCACCUAUGAAAAGAGCGGAGGUGAGAUUGUCCUGUGUGAUGAUGGCUGGUCUGGCAGUGAGCUUCGCAAGUGUGAUAUGCUUCAUGGGCAAGCCCAUUGUGCACCUCUGCCGGGCCCGCCAGGUAAUGUACGGGAUGGGCUUCACCCUGUGUGUGUCCUGCAAUCUGGUAAAAGCCUAUCGUACCUUCCUGGCUUUCCUUCCCUUUGGUCAAAUGACAAACAGGCGACUACACGCACUGUACAAGCCACCUGUAAUUGUCAUCAUCAUAACUGCUGUCCAGGGACUCAUCUGUCUUCUGUGGCUGAUUUUUGACUCUCCUUACAUUGAUGACGCACCUCAAUCUCCACAAAGCAUGAAGAGAAUAAUCCAGUGUCGUGAAGGUGCCACAUACAUAGGUUUUGGCAUUAUGUUGAGCUACAUAGCUCUGCUAGCAUUGGUUGGCUUCCUCUUGGCCUUCAAAGGCAGGACAGUUCCUCAGGAGUUCAGUGAAACUGGCUACAUCAUUUUUAGCAUGCUGAUGUACUUGUUUGUGUGGGUGUGUUUUGUUCCAGUCUAUAUCACCAACAAUGAAAACAGUACUCCUGUGCAGGCUUCAGCCAUUCUAGUAUCCAGCUAUGGCAUCAUAUUUUGUCAUUUCUUACCCAAGUGUUACGAAGCACUACGGGGGUCAAAGACCGAUACACUGGAGAUGAUUCUGAGGAGAUGGCGAGCCUUCUCUAGUCCAAAUCGUGAGUCAGACCCUGAGAUAGAUAUAGAUAUCCCCAGAACGAACACACCCUCACAAAUGAUUAUCAGGUCUUCCAUGUCAAGUACGUUUACUAAAUUAAGAGAUCAGGAGCACUGA